GUGGCUUUUAAGGUCUGACAAGUCCUUAAAAUAGUUAAUGAAUUAUGGAUAAUAUAAGAAAAAAAAUCGCUCCCCAUGAGAUGGUAAACCGGAGUUCCUGACCGUACCGAAGAUCCUUCAUUUCCUGAUUCAGCCGACAGAAGUGUUCAAAUAUUCCGCCAGGAAAUACAGUUGGCGUCGCGUGUCAAACAGUAACCCAGCAGCAGCAUCACUGAGUCUUAUGCAGCAACAUGUCCACCACCAGAUUGCCCAAUAUCCCUGCUCUGCGUAAACAUCAACUUUUUCUGGAAUUUGCGAGUUUAAAUCACGCAGCCCCUCCAGGACUUUAUGUGAGCCCUGCCAUAAACGAUACUACUCUCUGGACCGGUGCCUUAUUCGUUCGCAAUGGUCCCUAUGCUUCUGCAAUCCUCCGCUUCCAAAUCCGAUUUCCGCCCUCAUACCCCGACCUUCCACCUUCAGUGAAUUUCUCCACAGAUGUUUUCCACCCCUUGAUAGUGCCCCUUACGACAUAUACCUUUAGCACAAGCGCAUCGAGCGAGGAUCCCGUUAGUGCCUCAGAUGAGGAGCGAUUACCCCCCGGCGGGUUCAGUCUCCGGCAUGGAUUUCCUCACUGGUUUGGCCGAGCUAAACGGAGUGCGAUGAACUCGGCGGACUCCUCAAGGGCUGUGAGUAUUCACGAUUCCAACAUUGGCGGGGAGGCCGCAGACAAGGACUGGCCGAGCGAUGCUUCUAGACCUACAUCUCCGUCGAAAGACCAAGUAGAUAAUGAACGAGAGAGCGCUACCGGACCACCAGCGGAGAAACCUAUCGAGAUGAGAAAGACUGUCCCAGUUACUGCACUAUUAAAUUACAUCCGCUCUACGUUCGAUGAUGAAACUGUUCUCGACUCCCUGCCACUCGAAGCGGCUGGGAAUCCAAGUGCCUGGCAUGCAUGGAAGGCUCACAGAAAAGAUAGCAGCACUUCUGCCUUUACGGCUAGCUCAAAAAGGGGAAGCCCGCAGGCGCGGCUACCCGGUGAUUGGCAUUGGGAUGGAAUUUGGGCCAAGCGUGUCCAGGAUGAGGUUGAGGCGAGUCGUUCGGACGCAACAUUGUUUGGCAAUGCGACCCGAGGAGGAGGUAUCGAGGACACGAUUCGCUUCUCUCGCUUGGAUGACGCCACGCUGAUCUCAGUUAAAGAGAUGAUAAUUCCUCGAGCGGAAGAAGCGCACAAUUAAUUUUUGACACCUUCGUUAUAUACCCAAUUCAUUGUUCAAGUAUAUACAGCAAGCAAGUAGAUAGUGUAUGUACAACUCUGGCUAUCUCGUCUCCUCGUUCGCGCUUACCAUCUCCCGGCCCGCUCUUUCCCGGAAGCCGCCUCUACAUGUAUGUAUAUUCAUGAUUUUUUGUGCCCCAGGAUGGAAACCUAAUUCUUCUUCUUCUUUAUU